AACGAAAAAGGCAAGAAGUGGGUGCACUCCACUAGUUUGUUACAUACCUGAGAAAGAAACACAAACAAAUACCAAAAUUCUUCUUUCAAUGGAUUUAUUCUUCCAAUAGAGGCGGCUAGGGGUUCAUUCGAGGGGAUGGUAGUGAAAGCAGAGAGGGUGAUGAAGAUGGUGACCGUCGGAGACGGCUGCUAAUGGUGGUGGUGACCGGCUACACACAUGUGAUGGUGAUUGCUUUAUAUUAAGAAGAAGAUCAGGUGGGCUACCAAUCAUAAAAGGUAAUUUUCUAGCCCAAAGACUAGAAAGGUCCGUCCACUAAUUCAUAAAUUAAAGAAAGCAAGGACUUGGGUUGAUCGAUCGAUCCGUACACCAGAGUCCAGACGGCCAAAAAGAUCAAGAACCUUCACGUUGCCAACUGGGUUCUUGACUACCAGAAUUAGCUCAAGAUUCUUCUUACAAUUUGCUUCUGAUUUUAUUUCAAUCACAAGUUUCACUUCAAUUCGAUUUAUACAUCCUUUCCCCCAUCCGGGUCGAUCCUAUUACGAUGCCUUCAAGAAGAAGAACGCUUCUCAAAGUCAUCAUCCUCGGGGACAGCGGGGUAGGCAAGACAUCGUUGAUGAAUCAAUAUGUGAACAAGAAGUUUAGCAAUCAAUACAAGGCAACAAUAGGAGCCGAUUUCUUGACAAAAGAAGUUGAAUUUGAGGAUAGGCUCUUCACUCUACAGAUCUGGGAUACAGCUGGACAGGAAAGAUUUCAGAGCCUUGGAGUUGCUUUUUAUCGUGGUGCAGAUUGCUGUGUUCUUGUGUAUGAUGUGAAUGUUCAGAAGUCAUUUGAUGAUCUCAACAACUGGAGGGAGGAAUUCCUUAUUCAGGCUAGCCCUUCGGAUCCUGAAAAUUUCCCGUUUGUAGUUCUUGGAAACAAAGUUGAUGUGGAUGGUGGCAACAGCAGAGUGGUUUCAGAGAAAAAGGCACGGGCUUGGUGUGCCUCAAAAGGAAACAUUCCAUAUUUUGAGACAUCGGCCAAGGAAGGGAUCAAUGUUGAAGAGGCCUUUCAAGUCAUUGCUAAGAAUGCAUUGAAGAGUGGAGAAGAGGAAGAAAUAUACUUGCCGGAUACGAUUGAUGUAGGAAGCAGCAAUCAACAGAGGGCAUCAGGAUGCGACUGCUAGAAAUCAAUUUCAAUUCUUUAAGGACUUUGUGUUGCUAUCAUCUUGUACUACUACUACUACAAAACGUGUUUUACUUUUUACUGUAUUUUGCUCACUUUGUUUGCUGCUGUGUGGAUGGUUGGACUGUAAAUGUGGUUUGAAGUUGUUUCAUGGAGCCUGUGUGUUUGUGUGUGUUUAAGUUUAAUCUUCAUAUUAAUGGCAUUGCACUCUGUUUCUUUGAGUUGUGGUAUUAGUUGCUUAGUUUUAUUGAUGAAUCAUUUUGUUUUGUGGGUUCGGUCGAAUUGAUUAAAAUGUCC